CAAUUGGAAUUUUUCACUUAAUCGGGACGUGCAUAAUACGGAGAAUAUUGCUGUCGCUGUUAAUUAAAAGAAAAACAAAUAGUCAAAAAGCGAUCCGUGCAAAAUGUCUGGCAAAGAUAGAUUACCAAUUUUCCCCUCCCGUGGUGCACAAAUGUUGAUGAAGGCCCGUUUGGCAGGAGCCCAGAAGGGUCAUGGACUGCUAAAGAAGAAGGCGGAUGCUUUGCAAAUGCGUUUCCGUAUGAUUCUGGGAAAAAUCAUUGAGACCAAAACUCUGAUGGGCGAUGUUAUGAAGGAAGCAGCCUUCUCGUUGGCUGAGGCCAAAUUUGCCUCGGGCGACAUUAAUCAGGUGGUGCUCCAAAAUGUUACCAAGGCCCAAAUCAAAAUCCGUACUAAAAAAGACAAUGUUGCUGGUGUCACUCUGCCAGUUUUCGAGUCGUACCAGGAUGGUGCCGAUACCUACGAAUUGGCUGGUUUGGCGCGUGGUGGUCAGCAGCUGGCUAAAAUGAAGAAAAACUACCAGAGCGCUGUCAAGCUAUUGGUGGAGUUGGCAUCGCUACAGACAUCUUUCGUCACAUUGGACGAGGUGAUCAAAAUCACCAACCGUCGUGUGAAUGCCAUCGAGCAUGUGAUUAUUCCCCGUAUUGAUCGCACUCUGGCCUACAUCAUAUCCGAGCUGGAUGAGCUGGAGCGUGAAGAAUUCUAUCGCCUUAAGAAGAUUCAGGACAAAAAGCGUGAAGCCAGGAUCAAGGCCGACGCCAAAAAAGCAGAGCUCUUGCAACAGGGAAUCGAUGUACGCCAGCAAGCAGACAACAUUCUAGACGAGGGCGACGAUGACGUUCUUUUCUAAGUAUUAACGGGGUGCGUCUACGUCUGUGUGCAUAUUCCAGCAAUACUAUUUGUUAAUCUAUUGUUCUAUUGUUUCCAUUUUAAUUCGCCACCAAUACUUAUUGUAUGUAGCUAAAGUAUUUAGUCUAUUCCAAAUGUAAGAAAACUCUGUAUUUGUAUGUAUGUAUUCCAUUUAUGUAGUAUACAAAAGUGCUAGCGCACAAAUCAUGCAUUAAAAUUUUGUUGUUCCAUUUAGAAAGUGA